GUCGUGGCUCGUGUAUUCGUCGUCGGGUAAAACAUUUACAGCUCAAGUGAAGAAAGCUCUGGUGAGCAACCAUGUCGUGGAUGAAAGGAGAUUUGCUUUCUAAAUCCAGGAGGCUUGUUGGUGGCUUAGCUACACGAGAGCCUGUUUGGCUUAAAGCCAUGGAAGCAUCACCUCCUCCUGUCUUUCCUCGCUCUAAUGGGAAAAUCAAGAAGAUUGUUCUCCCUGAGGAUUCCUACGUUCGUAAAUUCGCCUGUAAGCAUCCUGAAGCAAAAAUCGUCGACCCCAUCAAGGUUUCGGCGUUUAUUCCUGAUCCAGCACGCGUAUAUGGUUGUCGAGUCCUUGAACUAACGCAGCAUGGCAUCAGCGAGGAUGACGCCAUGUCUGUAGCUAAUAUGGAAUAUCUUUCAGAGAGAAAGGAAAAGAAGAAAGCAUACAAACGCCUAAAGGAGCUUGCGGUACUGCAAGACAAGGUUCCUCCUCCUAAACCGUAUCUUAGUUCCAAAAAAGAGAUGCAAAUUCAAGAGAGGAAAUCUCCUACGGAUCGAUUCCAGACUCCUAGCGUCCGCAGGCUAGUUAACCAGUUGAAACAGCAGAAAGAAGUGUUGCUGCAGGACAAACCUGGAGGAAGUGCUAAUCAGGAUCAUUGGAUCGACGAGUAAAUUCUCCAGUUUACCUCAAUGUCUUUCUCUUCAUUUGCUCUUGGUAGAACCAUCAUUUUCAUAUAUUAAAAUUUUUUACAAGUCUACAAAUGAUUUCAACAAACAAGUGUUCUUUUCCAUUUGACUGUCUUUGAAAUAAAAUAUCAUUGGAUGA